AUGGCAUCAGAUGUCUCCUCGCUGGGUGCAGCCGUCAGCUCGGGGAACCCUGGACCGGGCGCGCAGGCUGGAGGAGCCAUCGUGCAGAGGGCCAGCAAGAGGCGGCCAGGGCUUGAUUUUGAUGAUGAUGGAGAAGGGAACAGUAAAUUCCUCAGGUGUGACGAUGACCCGAUGCCAAAUGAUAAAGAGCGAUUUGCCAGGUCUGAUGAUGAACAGAGUUCAGCGGAUAAGGAGAGACUUGCCAGGGAAAAUCACAGUGAGAUUGAACGUAGGCGAAGGAACAAGAUGACCGCCUACAUCACCGAGCUGUCGGAUAUGGUGCCCACCUGCAGCGCCCUGGCCCGCAAGCCGGACAAGCUCACCAUCCUGCGCAUGGCCGUGUCUCACAUGAAGUCCCUGCGCGGCACCGGCAACACCUCCACGGACGGCACCUACAAACCCUCCUUCCUCACCGACCAGGAACUCAAACACCUGAUCCUGGAGGCAGCCGAUGGCUUUCUGUUCAUCGUUUCCUGUGAGACCGGCAGGGUGGUCUACGUCUCCGAUUCUGUGACUCCGGUCCUGAACCAGCCGCAGUCGGAGUGGUUCGGCAGCACCCUGUACGACCAGGUGCACCCCGACGAUGUGGGCAAGCUGAGGGAGCAGCUCUCCACCUCGGAGAACGCCCUGACAGAAGGAACCAAACCCUGGUGCCUUUCUAACAAGGAUCCUGCAGCCCCCCCUGAGAAUGCAUCUAAAGGUCGCAUCCUCGAUUUGAAGACGGGGACUGUCAAGAAGGAAGGCCAGCAGUCCAUGAGGAUGUGUAUGGGCUCACGGAGAUCCUUCAUCUGCCGGAUGAGGUGUGGCAACAGCUCCGUGGAUCCCGUCUCUGUAAAUCGUCUCAGCUUUAUGAGGAACCGCUGCAGGAACGGCUUAGGUGCAGCGAAGGACGGCGAGCCUCACUACGUCGUGGUGCACUGCACGGGGUACAUCAAGGCCUGGCCCCCCGCAGGUGUUUCGCUGCCUGAUGACGACCCGGACGCUGGCCAGGGCAGCAAGUUUUGCCUGGUGGCUAUCGGCAGGCUGCAGGUCACCAGCUCGCCCAACUGCACAGACAUGAACAGUGUUUGUCAGCCCACAGAGUUCAUCUCCCGACACAACACCGAAGGCAUUUUCACCUUCAUCGAUCACCGCUGCGUGGCUACGGUUGGCUACCAGCCACAGGAACUUCUGGGGAAAGACAUUGUGGAUUUCUGCCACCCGGAGGACCAGCAGCUUUUGCGGGACAGCUUUCAGCAGGUGGUGAAGUUAAAAGGCCAGGUUCUGUCAGUCAUGUUCCGAUUCCGAUCCAAAAACCGGGAAUGGCUCUGGAUGAGAACCAGCUCCUUUACCUUCCAGAACCCCUACUCGGAUGAAAUUGAGUACAUCAUCUGUACCAACACCAAUGUCAAGAACUCGAGCCAGGAGUCUCGACCUGCCCUGUCAAACCCAGUGCAGAGGCCCCAGCUGGGGCAGGGCGUCAGCCUUCCCCUGGAGAUGGGCACGGCACAGCUGCCCGCAAGGCAGCAGCAGCCGCCACAACAGACAGAGCUGGAAGUGGUCCCAGGAAGAGAGAGCCUGGCUGGGUACGACCACUCGCAGGUUCCCGUUCAGCCCGUGACCGCCGCCGGCCCGGAGCACAGCAAGCCCUUGGAGAAGGCUGAGAGCCUUU